AGACUACCAGGCACACACCACAACCCCGCCUGCAGCCUGCAAUCUGGAACCUUGUUUGUAGCUGCCGUAGCUAGAAGCUUCCUCUCACUUUUUCGCACCGGUACAACCACCCCAGGCAAUCCAACAAAAGCAACCACCAUGCUACAAGUUCAACAGUACCUCGACCCUGAGUCGAUCAAUAUCAAUUCCCCCGAAGUUGCGCUCACCUGCAAGCGUCGAAGAAGCAGCCUUCGGAGAAGAACCAAGUCGAGCACCUCGGGCGAGACCAAUGCCAAAAGGCGCCGAUUGACGGUCAAGACUGUUCGGUUUGCUGAUACCAAAGACGAAAUCUUGCCUGUAUUCACUGCCUCAGCCAAGGGUUGGAAUAGCCGUGAUGAUACCAUCAGAUUCCGUGCUAACGUCAUGCAAGAUGUCGUAUACUUGGGGACGCUCAUUAUGCAAAACAAGCUUCAAGAUUAUGACCAAACAGAACACAGUUCCAUUGGGCUUGAACUAAUGUGCUGUUCUCUAACAAAGCGCGCACAAAGGCGGGCCUUGAGUGCUCAUCACAUCGAAUCGGUCCUUCGCGUACAGACGCUCCAAAGAGAGUUUGGUUCUACCGACGUUGAAUUCAUGCGUCGAGCAUCAGAGCUGUGUUCAGAGGAAUCAAAAGAACGAGCCAUGAGCCAAGCUGCCAGUCUCUGGAAGAGACCUUAAUUAAUUAAGGACAUCCUUUGGACAUAGCUACAUAUUAUUUGAGAAGCCUCCUUCCUAUCGUCGUCCUGUCCACCCAGCAACACAGGAAUGUA